UUCAGCAAAAUUAUUUAAUGAAGUUCGGCUACCUGAGUUCGUCGCCUCAGUCCGCGGGAGCCCUUCGAACCGAAAGGUCAAUUCGUGACGCGAUACGCGAGUUACAGGAAUUCGGCGGUGUUCCUGCUACCGGUGAACUCGACCAGCGGACUCUAAAGUUACUCUCGAAACCUCGGUGCGGACUUCCCGACAAAAUUCCACAUACUGGAAGAGUUAAGAGGUUUAUGCUGCAAGGACAGAAGUGGCAAUAUUCAAAUUUGACCUGGAG